AUGAACGAUGUUUUAGAAAGUUAUAAAUUUAUAAAUGGUGAAAGAAUAGAUUAUCAAAUUUUAAAUUCAGAAAUUGUAAAGAGAAGGGUGAUUCAAGAUGGUAUGCCAAUUGUAAUUUCAAAUACCACCAAAGAUUGGAAAACUGAUAUAUUUACACCUCAAUGGAUAAAAGACAAAUAUAGUAAUCUAGAAAUAACAGUUAGAAUAGAUGGUGAUUCUAAAAAUACUGAGCAUUGGACAGUUGGUCAAUAUAUUGAUUAUUUAAAUAAAAUGUCUUCAAAUCAAUCAAAUAAUAAUCCAAAUAAUCCAAAUAAUACGAAUAAUAAUAAUAGUAAUUUUAAUCAAAAUCAACAAGUUUUUAAUCAAUUUAAUAAUCCAAUUAAUAAUAAUAAUAAUUCAAUUAAUAAUAAUAAUAAUAAUAAUAAUAAUAAUAAUCCAAAUAGUUUAAAUAAUAAUCCAAAUAAUAAUAAUAAUUCAAAUAUUUUAAAUAAUUUAAAUAAUCAAAAUACAAUACCAUCAUCAUUUUAUUAUAGAAAAGAUAUACCAUGUCCACCAGAAUGGACAAAAUAUAUUGAAGAAUAUAAUAAAUUAUAUGGAUUUUUAAGGGAAAAAGAUAAUGGUGAUUUAGUAUGUGAUUUACCAGGACAUUUACAACCAAAUUCAACACAUAUUUGUAUUGAUGGUAGUGAUUAUUGGUCACCAGGUCAAAGGGAAGUAGCAGGAUCAAUUGGGUAUAAUUUAAUGGUUUACAAUGGUGGAACAAGUAAAACUUAUUGGUUUUGUACAAAUAGUAAGGAUUUUGAAGAGGCAUCAAAAUUUUGGAAAACUAAAACUGGUGUUCCAGUUGAUAAUGAUUCAAAACAGAUGUUUAUUAGGUUGGAUGAUCUUUCGAAAGCAACAUUUCCAGUUUAUUUUAUGGAGCAGAAACAAGGUGAUUUGGUUAUAAUACCACCGGGUUCGAUUUAUCAAUAUUUUAAUGUCGGUGGUAAGUCUAUGAAAUUGUCAUGGAAUAGAAUGAGUUAUCAAAAUUUAGAGCUCUCCUACAGACAUAUCCUGCCAAUUUAUCGGUCAAUAAAAAAGAAAGAACAUUUUCCUAUUAAAUCAAUUGCAUUUCAUUCAUUAAUUAAUAGAUUAUCAUUAGCUGAUGAAUGUAUUAAAACUCAAUCCAAUCAAAUUUUAUUAAAUCAAGAAGUUUCAAAAGAAAUUUAUACAUUAAUUAAAAUAGUUCAAAAUAUUCAAUGGUGUGAACGUGUUGAUCUUUCAGUUAUGGAAGAGGAAAGAAUUUCAUCCGAAGAGAAACCCGAUCAUUAUAAUGAUAUUCAAUUUAAAAAGAUUUGCAUUCAUUGUAAUGGUUUCAUAUUUAAUAGAGCUUAUCUUUGUAGAGAAUGUCAAAAAGAGAAAUCACCAUCACUAUCUUUGAUUUGUAUUCAUUGUAUCUCUGAAGGUGCUUGUAAACAUAAAAGUCAAAUUCUAAUGGAAUCAAUUCAAUGUUCAACAAUGGAAUCAAUCAUUGAAAAUGCAAAGAAAAUUUUACAAUCACUUUGUUCACUCAUUGAACGUUUAGGUCAUUCGAUUUCACCAGUGAAUUUGGAUGAAUUAAAUCAAAAUCCAAAUGGUCAAUUAAUUAUAAAUAAUAAUCAAGUCUCACCUGGUACGAUAGCUUUCAAUCAAGUUGUAUUGUUUCAAGAGGAUCAAAAAGCAACUUGUCAUCAAUGUAAAUUGGCUAGACCUCGUAAUAAAAUCGCCUAUUGUCAUAAAAAAGUUGAAGAACAUGGUAAAAAAAGAAAAUCACGCAAAAUGAAAUGUCAAAAAAAGUUUUGUAGUCAAUGUCUUUGGAAUCGUUAUCAAGUUCAAUUGGUUGAUUGUUUAUCUCAAAGAAAAUGGGAAUGUUUAUUUUGUUUAAAUAAAUGUAAUUGUUCUGCUUGUAAUAGGAAAAGGUCUUCUGAUAAAGAUUCUAUAAAUAAUCAAAAUAAUAAUAAUAAUACUCCAAAUGAACUUUCUCCUAUUAAUAGUGCUCAAACUACUCCUCAAACUAAAUCACCUUCAAAAAUGUCACCUUAUGUAACUUCUCAAAAUCAUUUAUUAAAUAUUAAUAAUAAUAAUCCAAAUAAUAAUCCAAAUACUAAUAACAAUGGUAGUACCAAUAAUAAUAAUAAUAACCCAAAUAAUAAUAAUAAUAAUAAUAAUAAUAAUAAUAAUAAUAAUAAUAAUAAUAAUAAUAAUAAUAAUAAUAAUAAUAAUAAUAAUAAUAAUAAUAAUAAUAAUAAUAACCCAAAUAAUAAUAAUAAUAAUAAUGGCAGUACCAAUAACAAUAAUAACAAUAAUAACAAUAAUAAUAAUAAUAAUAAUAAUAAUAAUAAUAAUAAUAAUAAUAAUAGCGGUAGUAGCAAUAGUAAUAGCAUUCAUAGACAUCAUCCAUAUUUUCAAUUACAAUCAAAUCAAGAUCCUUUUAUAAAUUAUACACCCCCAACAGUUAAAUCAGAGAAGCCUACUACUAAAUCAAACAAUUCAUCAACCAAUUCGUCAACCAAUUCAUCAAACAACUCUUCAAAUAAAAACAAUAAUAAUAACAAUAAUAGUAAUUUAAGUGUUAACAAUAAUAGCAAUGGUAAUAAUAAUAAUAAUAACAAUAGUACUAAUAGUAGUAGUAAUAAUAACAAUGAUACUAAUAAUAAUACUAAUAAUAAUAAUAAUAAUAAUAAUAAUAAUAAUAAUAAUAAUAAUAAUAAUAAUACUAAUAAUAAAAAUAGCAAUAAUAAUAAUAAUAAUACUAAUAAUAAUAAUACUAUUAAUAAUAAUAAUAAUAUUAAUAAUAAUAAUAAUAAUAAUAAUAAUAAUAAUAAUAAUAAUAAUAAUAAUAAUAAUAAUAAUAAUAACAAUAAUAAUAGUACUAACAACAUUAAUAGUAUUAUGGGUGAUAUUAAUAAUAAUAAUCCAAACAAUAAUAAUAACAAUAAUAACAAUAAUUCACCAAAGAUUAAAAGUGAACCAAAUGAAUCACCAACAUCACAAACAAUAAACACGCAAAAUACAUUAAAUUUACCAAAUCCUACAGUUUCAAACAACCAACAAUUUUAUAAUCACUAUAACCAACAAAUUCAAUCACAAAAUAUGUACCCAAUGGUAUCAUAUGAUCCAAACAUUGGAUAUUAUGAUCCAAGUUACCAUCAAUAUUUUCAACAAAACCCUUAUAACCCACACCAACAACUUGUACAUUUUUCACCAAACACACAAUUUUAUCCAGUUUCCUAUCCACUAUCAAUGAACCCAACAUUUAUGACCUACCAACAACAACAACUACAACAACAACAACAACAACAACAACUACAACAACAACAACUACAUCAACUACAACAACUACAAAUACAACCCCAACAACAACAACAACAACAACAACAACAACAACAACAACAACAACAACAACAACAACAACAACAAACAGCAAUUCUUCACCAACACACUCAAGAAAUAUCUCCUCAACCAUCAUUUGCCUCAUACCAACCUAUUAAUAAUUUUAAUAAUACUAAUAUUUCAAUGCAACCUCAGUCUCAAUAUCACCAACAAAUGCAAUAUCAACAAUCACCAUUACCCCAACAACAUCAAAAUCAAAAUCAACAUCAACAUCAACAUCAACAUCAACAUCAACAUCAGCAAAAUCAAAAUCAAAAUCAAAAUCAAAAUCAAAAUCAAAAUCAAAAUCAACAACAUCAACAACCACAACCACAACCACAACCACAACCACAACCACAACCACAACCACAACCACAACCACAACCACAACCACAACCACCACAACAACAACAGCAACCACAACAACAAGGCCAACAACCACAACAACAACAAAACCAACAACAAAUAAAUAAAAACAAUAAUAACUCAUCGCCUUUACAAUUUAAUAAUAACACAAAUUAUCCAAUAUUUAAUAAUGGUAUAAAUCAUCAACCCAAUUUACCUGUCCAAAUGCAAGAAAUUAACAAACCAAAUUCUAAUUUUAAUACACCAACAGACUUUGUAAGUGGUACUUCCUCAUAUCCAUUUGCUGAUAAUUAUAAUAAUAAUAAUAAUAAUAAUAAUAAUAAUAAUAAUAAUAAUAAUAAUAAUAAUAAUAAUUAUAAUAAUGGUGCCAAAUUACAACAUCAACAAACUAACAUCAAUCAUGAUACUAAUACCACUUUAAUUAAAAUUGAAACAAAAGAAGAGAUUGGAUCAGUAAAUAAUACCAAUAACGACAUGAGCAACAAUUUACAAUUCAACCCAAAUACUUUACCAUCACCACUUUUACCAUCAAUUAAUAAAAAAAAGAAUGGUACUGUUGCUAAUUUUUCACCAAUUUACGGUCCAGGUCAUUUGUUAUAUAAUGUAGAUUAUUUUUCUUUAGAGAAUUCCGAACCCACUUUUGAAAGAUCUUCAAUCAAUUUAGAAUAA